UCUAUUUUUUAAAUCAGAUUUUUUUUUUUGACAUAUCGAUUUGAUACCUUUUAAAUUUUAUUUGUUACCCACUAGAACUAUUGUACUAGCUAAAUAGUAUCAACGAUUCUGUAAACUUCAAAUGCACUGGCAGUGUGAGGUAUUUCCGAUAUUUGCUAUUACAAAAACCAAACAGGCAAACUGCAACAAAAUCUUUUGAUUUGGAUAUAAAAGGGAAGAAACUGUCGAAAUGAUAUAUAAAUAUGUAUAUUGGAUUAUAAAAACCCUCUAGUUUAUCUCUGGGAACAGUAUAUCUAACUAUUUAUAUAUAUCUUCCUGUUUAUCUUCAAAUUAUCAAAAAUUGUAUAUUUCUUUUGCGUCUCUAGAAACUUACUUAACCGUUAUCGUCUGUUGUAAACAUACAUCAUUUCGAACUUUCUCAUGACUUUCCCGAGCCAUGAACGUAAAAAAACAAAAAGUACCGAACGACCGUUUAGUCUGGUAUCCCAAAAUACUGCUAAAAACCAGGCUGUUUGACCUUUCACCUUGCAUACGUCAAUUCGGACUACAUCGUUUUUUUCUAAUAUGCGUAUGUAAAACCUAAACUUCCGAAAGACAACGCGAAACGGAACGUUCAACUUUCAAAUUCGUCUGUCUGAGAGUUUGACAGAAUGGCUUGGUGCUUAGACAAGAACAAGGACGAGAAGAAAAUCACAUUGUUGAUUAAUGGAAGACAGGCCGUCCAGUCAAACGGGGAAGAUUUUCCGGCAGUAAAUUCAAUAAAACCAGGAAGGAAUGCUGAUGAAAUCUGGAUAGCAUUUACAGGCGUUGAAAAUGGCAGGAGACUUUUGAGGAGCCUUUUCUCUGCAAAAAAUGAUUUUUCAAAUAUGCUAAACUUGGAAAGCAACACAUUAUUCAUCACAAGCGUGUAUGAUAGAGCAGGUGAAUGUAUUCCAGCCAUACCUGGUUGUUCAAGGAAGAGAAAGGCCACAAAGCCCCUUGAAGAUGUUGAUGUGGAAGAAGGGAACGAUGAGGGAGUUUACAAAUAUGUUCAGACAGUUGAAGAAAAAUUUGUUGGAAAGUUUGAACUUGACAUUUUGUCAAUUUAUCAAACACCAGAGCAGUUUCUAUGUAGACCACUGAAGCAGCAAUGGGUUGACUAUCUAAAAAUUAAAUUAUUGAACAGCAAAAGCCAAACCACCAUCUUUCCAUUGCUGCUAGACCCAGAGUGUGUCUCAAAAAAGGAAAACUUUGAUGCUUCAGUAUUUACCACAUACAGAUAUUAUGCUUUAGGUGGUAACCAUUUUACUGGUGCACUUAGGCAUCUAAUUGAAAGUGGAGAAAAUGUGAAUUACAGAAAACUACAGGCUCGAGUGUAUGUUGGCCUCACAUCAGAAGAGGCAAGGAUUGUGGGUAAUUUGCAUAACAAAUCAAGCAGUACUGUACUGAAGCUCAAUUUUCAGGAUAAAGUAUUUCAAGCAAGACAGAUAAGAAAAGAGACUGGGGAUAGUAAUCUCCGGAAGAAACUGGAAGAAGCUUUAUGCUGUCUUGGAAAUGAGAUGUCAAAAGAUUCAAUGUCAACCGUCCUAAGUGUUGCAAGGUACACAGAUGAGAAUUACCAAAUGUUCCUUCAAAUAGUGCACUCAUUUGAAUUUGAAGAAGGUCUUGAGAAGAGUUUACCACAAAAUUUAUUUAGAAUUCUUCAGGGUCUUAAUAAGGAAACUGUUACACUUGCUCUACAAAAAUCCAAAACAGAAGGCUUAAAAAAAGGACUGGAAUGGUUGAAGAUAGAAAAAAAUUUAUCUGUUUUAAAAACAGCAUUUGUGAACCAGACAGAUUCUCAAAACUGGGAAUCGGCCAAAUCCCUGUUUCCUCAGGAAUCCUCCAGGUUGAGGGACUUUGCAGAUGUAACAUUAAAGAAGAAAAGUCUACCAACUGGAUUUGUGGAGUUCUGUUCACAAGCUAGGGAUCCAUUGAUGCAUCCCACUCAAUUUACUGUAAAUUUUGAUAUUAAAAUAAACAACAAAACAUGCUCCGGAAACACAGUAGAAAGUAUUAUUUGUAAAUAUAAAAAGAAAAUUCUAAUUGAGUUAGAAAAAAACAAGAAUAACAUAAUUGCAGAGCACUUUGAACAGACGUCAGUUGACUCUUUGUGUACACAAUCAGAUAGCACCAUUGAUACCCUUGACAAUACUCAAGUGUCCAUGUCUGACACACAAAUAACACAUAUUCCAGAAACUCAAAUGUCACUCAAUCUUUCUGAGCAGUAAUUGAUUCAUUAACUAAUUUACUGGUUUUAAUACCCAUCAAAAUUCAAAAUCAAAUAUUAAUCGCUAUGUUUGUCACUCUUUUUAUACGCCCGUUUAAGGGACGUAUUAUUUCAACUGUCCUUACAUAACCAUGAACAUUUAUUAUUAUUUUUUUAAUUUAUUGACCAAGUUUACACAUCAUUUAUAACCUCUAGAAAUAUUGAGUUGAAUUGUAUAGAGAAGUAUGCACAUGCAUUUAAAUCCUUCAUUAUACCACGGCUUUAAAAAGCGGAGGUAUAUAGUGAUGGGGAAGUCUGUCCUUCCGUCCGUCUGUCCCGUAUACUUUGUAUCUGCAACUCCUCCUUAACCACUUAUCUGAAUGAUAUGAAACUUUCUCAGAUUCUUAAUAAUAUAAUGCCAUUGUGCACCUCCUAUUUUGUUUUUGUUCAAAAUCAUUUUUUGGGUUUCUAUUUAAAAGAACAUGGACUUUGCCAUUGCCUAAAAAUAGGGGGUACCAAUGUUGUAUCCGCAACUCCUCCUGAACCACUUAUUAUGAUUUAAUGAAACAAAUCCCAGAUUCUUGAUGAUAUAAUGCUAUUGUGCACCUCCUAUUUUGUUUUUGUUCAAAAUCAUUUUAGGGGUUUCCAUUUCAAAAACAUGGACUUUUCUAUUGCCUAAAAAUAAGGGGUACCCAUGUUGUAUCUGCA